GGGGGAGGCGGCUGGCUGCAGGCUUCUCUGGAUCUCCUCAGUAUUCCACUGUCUAAGUAGCGAAUGGCGUCCGCCUCGGCCCAGCCCGCGGCCCUGAGCGCAGAGCAGGCCAAGGUGGUCCUGGCAGAGGUGAUCCAAGCGUUCUCGGCUCCAGAGAACGCCGUGCGCAUGGACGAGGCUAGAGACAAUGCGUGCAACGAUAUGGGCAAGAUGCUGCAGUUCGUGCUGCCCGUCGCCACGCAGAUCCAGCAGGAGGUUAUUAAAGCCUAUGGCUUCAGCUGCGACGGGGAAGGUGUCCUUAAGUUUGCCCGCCUGGUCAAGUCUUAUGAAGCCCAGGACCCUGAGAUUGCCAGCCUGUCAGGCAAGCUGAAAGCCCUGUUCCUGCCACCCAUGACACUGCCGCCUCAUGGGCCUGCAUCUGGAAGCAGUGUGGCUGCCUCCUGACUUGGUUCUUUGUGCUGCCGUUAGGGGAGAAGCCCCAGUGUUCCAGAGGAAAAUAAAUGUGCUUCUGACUAAA